GGCGCCCGCAAGGGUCUGUUUUGACGAUGCCAGUGCGUGAGUCAAACUUGGGCAACCCCCCCAUUCCUCCGUCGAGGGUGGACUGGUCCUGGGAGAAGCGUCCAAGGCUGGCAGAGCGCACAAUUCGCGGCAGUCUGAGCCCGCUUGGCAAGUUUGUGCACGGCAUUCCGCAAAGUGGAGGGGGUCGCGUCGUGGCAGCAAUUCAUCGUGCAAGCCAAAAAAAAAGCAACAUGCUGCAAAUGGAUAUAAUUCCAGUGAUUUUGGCUUUCAUACUCUCCGCAAAACCAGUCUUAGGGGUUGGAAUGGACCCUGACUUGCAAAUUGAUGUCACUACAGAAAUGGAUCUUAAUAGUGCAACGGCGGGAGUUGCUCAGGUACCGGGAUUAUAUAAUAACAGCAAAGCAUAUUUGUUUCAAGAUGUGGAGAGACAUAUAGAGGCACCUCCACACACAAUGGAGAAAAUGAUUCAACUGCUUAGAAAUAAAAGCGAGUUCACAGUUGUAGCAACAAUCCAGCAAAAGGUUUUAACCUCUGGGGUCAUCUUGUCUAUCCAUGAAUCUGAUCUCAGGUAUUUUGAAUUGGAGAGCAGCGGUCAAAGGGAUGAGAUAAGAUAUCAUUACUGUUUCAAUGGUAAACCUCGCACAGAAGUAUUCCCAUAUCGACUGGCUGAUGGACAGUGGCACCGAAUUUCACUCUCAAUCAGUGCUUCUCAUCUCUUACUCCACGUGGAUUGCAAUAGGAUUUAUGAGCGUGUCAUAGAUCCCCCCCAGACCACAUUCAGCCCAGGAAUCAGUGUAUGGCUUGGUCAACGGAACAGCAGACAUGGGCUAUUUAAGGGCAUUCUGCAGGAUGUCAAAAUCAUCUUGAUGCCUAAUGGAUAUAUAACACAGUGCCCUAAUCUAAAUCGCACAUGUCCGACAUGCAGCGACUUCCUUAACCUGGUGCAAGGCAUUAUGGAUCUGCAGGAACUGCUUGCGAAAAUGACGACCAAAUUAAACUAUGCUGAGGCCCGACUGAAUGAGCUGGAGAGCUGCUACUGUGAGAAGACCUGUCGGGUGAACAGAGAGGUGCACCGCAGCAUGGACUCCUGGGUUGAAAAGUGCAAAAACUGCACCUGCAAGAAUGGAGCCAUUGAGUGCAGGCGAGUAUCAUGCCCUCCUCUAAACUGCCCUGCAGAUUUUCGGCCAGUAUAUAGACCAGGCAAAUGCUGCAAAGAAUGUCGACCUAUAUGUCUCUAUGGGGGUCAGAAGCUUGCCGAAGGUCAGAGAGCUUUGAAAUCCAAGUGCCGUGAAUGCAGAAAUCGAACCAUGGUCAUUGUUCAUGAGACCUGCCCCCCUCUGGAUUGCCCACUGAGUGAACGCAUUCAGCCAGAAAACAGAUGCUGUAAUGUAUGCCAUGGCCAUGAUUUCUGUGCGGAAGGACAUGAAUGUGGUGAAAACUCAGAAUGCUGGAAUCUAAACACGAAAGCGGUCUGCAUGUGCAAAAAUGGCUUUGCACCCAUACAGGGCGACACGGCGAAUUGUGAAGAUAAAGAUGAGUGUGCGAAUGGCACACACUACUGCCAUGCAAACACUGUGUGUGUGAAUGUGCCUGGAUCAUAUCACUGUGACUGUCUCCCAGGAUACACCAGAGUUGAUGACUACUCCUGUACAAAGCACGAUGAAUGUGGAAGUGGGCGCCACAACUGUGACGAGACAGCAAUUUGCACUAACACUGUGGGAGGCCAUCUGUGUACCUGCAAGCCUGGCUAUGUGGGCAAUGGGACCAUCUGCCGAGCAUUAUGUAAAGAAGGAUGCAGGAAUGGUGGAAGCUGUGUUGCUCCAGAAGUGUGUGCCUGCCCUCCUGGGUUCACAGGAAGAAGCUGUGAGAUGGAUAUUGAUGAGUGUGCCGAAGGCAUCAUACAGUGUCACAGACAUGCCCGUUGUGUCAACCUACCGGGGUGGUACCACUGUGAAUGCAGGACAGGUUACCAUGACAAUGGCAACUAUUCAUUCACCGGUGAGACCUGCAUUGAUAUUGAUGAAUGUGCCGCAGGAAUUCACAGCUGCUGGAACGACUCAGUCUGUGUAAAUCUGGAAGGAGGAUUUGACUGUCGAUGUCCUUUUGGUGAACACUGCACAGGCGAUUGUCCUCACGACGAUGAGUUGAAGCGCAAUGGACAAAUCUGGACCUUGAGAAAUGAUCGAUGUUCUGUCUGCUCCUGUCAGGAUGGCAAGAUUUUCUGCAGAAGGACAGUCUGUGACUGUCGCAAUCCAAAUGUGGACCUUUUCUGUUGCUCGGAAUGUGAUACCAGGGUGACCAGCCAGUGCUUACAUCAGAAUGGACAUCUGGUUUACCGCAGUGGUGACAUCUGGACUUACAGCUGCCAGCAAUGCCGAUGUCUGCAGGGAGAAGUGGACUGCUGGCCUUUAACCUGCCCAGCCCUCAGCUGUGAGUAUACAACCAUUCCAGACGGGGAGUGUUGCCCACGCUGCGUGAACGACCCCUGCUUAGCUGACAACAUGGUCUAUGAUAUCCGGCAGACGUGUAUAGACAACCAAGGAAUAACGCAACUAAGUGGCUCGAUAUGGACCGUGUCUGGAUCCCCCUGCACAACUUGCAAAUGCAAGGUCAUAUCUCAAAUAAUGAUGACUCAGACUACAGAAAGAAGAAAGCCUUGUGGCAUGGUGUCAAGACAACAACCUCUUCUUCAGGGUGAGAAAAGCAAUAAAGCUAGGAAAGGAAGCAAUGCUCAUGGUCCUGUUUACAUCAACGCUGCUACGGUAGAGAAUAAGUUCCUAAGAGUGAGCAUUAAUAUCAGCCUGGCCUGGUCCAACAAAGUUGGUACCAUGGACAAGAAGAGUCACUAG